UCUCUCUCAGUCAUAGGCAGACAUGUGCUUGCCGUGCCAGCAGACUGAUUUAACCCUCUCCUCAGAAUAACUGAUGCACAGACAGCUGUCUUUCACUUCCCCUCCUUGACCCCCCUAACUAUCUCCCUCUUUCCUUUUCCCUCCACAGUAGCUCUAUUCAUUAUUUAUCCUCCUUUCCGUUCCUCUCUUCUUAUUCUCCCCUGCAGUUUUCCCUGCUCAGACAGCUAUAAAGAAUUGUCCUGUAGCAGAGCUUGUGUAAUUGCUGGCUUCACAGGCACAUGAGAACAGGAGCCCCUGCUUCAACACCGGCCCAAUAAGGAAUACCAAGCACUGGACUGAACAACACAGCAUUGGAGGGAAGGACAAAGCAAAAGACAUACAAAGAAAAACAGGCCACCUUUUCUAAACUCCAAGGAAGAAGGAUACAAUACGGAAUACAAGGAGUGUCAGAAGGAGAGAAGAAACAGUGUGAGGAGUACAGGAAGAGUUAAGUGUUAGACCAUGCCUGGCUGUCAUGUCCGGACACCGCUGGUGCUGGUGCUCUGCAUGCUGGUGCUGUCCUGUGGGUCAGGAGGCGCCCGACGGAUCAGGAAGAGAGGGCUUAACCAAAAGGACUAUGAGUAUCCGAACCAGCAGUCCCAGUCCACACAGCACCAGAAGAACGACCGCUGCCCACCCCCACCUCAGAUGCUACCGGAGCGGGCCUGUGAGGUGCCCGGCUGCCGCUCUGACUCAGAGUGUGAGCGCCACAAACGCUGCUGUUACAACGGCUGCAUCUACGCCUGUCUGGAGUCAGUGCAGCCCCCACCAGUGCUGGACUGGCUGGUUCAACCCAAGCCUCGGUGGCUGGGAGGGAAUGGCUGGCUUCUAGACGGUCCAGAGGAGGUACUGCAGGCGGAGGCAUGCAGCACCACAGAGGAUGGUGACGAGCCCCUUCACUGUCCCACGGGCUACGAGUGCCACAUCAUCAACCAAGGAAACCCCGCCGCUGGCAUCCCCAACAGGGGACAGUGCAUCAAGUCACGUGGUAACUCUGAUGGACGUCCCAUGAGGCAAAAGUCCUACAAGGACUAUAAAGAUUACUUGGGAACUGGAAGUAGCUCUAAUAAUGCAGUGGCCUAUGAGAAACACCACCACAAAAAUCUGGGAUGAGAUCAUCAGAUACCUCUCCACAGAACCUCAGCUAUCAGAGCCCAGAUACCAAACCUCUCCACUCAUCAACAGAACACAGCAGAACACAACCAAACCAGACCUGACCUGGUAACCUCACGGUGCUUUACAUUUCUCAUGUCUGGCCUGGGAAAAGGAUGAAAACAAGCCUACAUUUCCUACCUCUUCUCGAACUGGUAUACUCAUGAUCCAGGCAGGGUUAACACAUAAUACACUACUUUGAGAGAUUUACACACACACGGAAACGUGUUGUGAUUUAGUCAUGGGUAAGGAAUAAUGGCGUUAUGGUUGAAGCAGAGAAAGGUAUAAGACACAUUAAACGUCAAAGUACUUUUCUUUCCAUCUCAAACUGGGAAGAAAAAAAAAAACAUGACAUUAUUCUAUACACAAUUUCUAUAGAUCCACUGCAAAACACCCCACAACCAGACACACACCUGCCACCUAGGUAGCCCAAUUCUGAUCUUUCUCCCACUAAUUGGUCUUUUGACCAAUCAGAUCUGAAAAAUAUCUGUGAAAAGAUAUGCGAUUGCUCAGAACUAGUGUAAAAAAGAUCAGAAUUGGACUGCCUGUGUAAACCCAUUGAAUCCUAAUCUGAGGCCCAUUGAGGGCUGGUCAACAGGAAAUAAGAACCAUGUGCUGCUGUUGGCCCACUCACCCUUCAGGUGAGCAGGAUGAAGGUCCCAUAAACACACUGGAUUUAUAGUUAUCAGACCGAGACUUCAGCUUGAACAAAGCCUGUCUGUCAUGGUGGGAGAGCAAGCUGGGCCUUACACCAAACAGCAUGAUCACAUCAAUAUCAGCACAUGGAACAGUUUAAACUAUCGAAAGUUAAUCAAAUUGAUCCUAUUCCAUCCAGUAUUUUCAGUUAAAAAAUGCACAUUAGUAUAAUAAAAAGUGAGUGGUCAGGAGUCCACAUCAAAUAUCCAUGUCUGUAUUUUAGUACUAUAUGAAAUGGUGCUCAGUUCCAAGGCUGCCUCUUCUAACAGGACAAUAAGAUGGUCUACACACAAAGACUGAAUUCCACAACUAAUAAGCUAGAGGUAUGAACAAGAUCUAACCAUUCUCUGAGUGAAACAGUGAUAUCCAAAUGUUGUCAAACUGGUGCUGAAAUGUUGCCUUGUGUAUUCCAAAUAAACUGUAUGUUUGAGG